ACCUUUAUAUUCACAGAUGGGGAGGAUCAGGAGCUGAGGAGGAGAGCAGGGGCUAACGUCAUCAACACCAACUGUUCAGCAGCACACACGCGGCAGGCCCUGUGCUGUAAGAUGUCUGUGGAAUACGACAAGUUCAUCGAGUCACAGAGGAAGUGGUUCUGCCAUAUGGAUGAUGAUAACUAUGUGAUUGUACCCAGUCUGCUGAAGCUGCUGUCCUCCUACCACCACACGCAGGAUGUUUAUCUGGGCCGGCCCAGCCUUGACCACCCCAUAGAGGCCGCAGAGAGGGUCAAGAGUGACGGAUCUGUGUCAGUGAAGUUCUGGUUUGCUACAGGAGGAGCAGGGUUCUGUAUCAGUCGUGGUCUGGCCCUCAAGAUGAGUCCAUGGGCUAGUCUGGGCAACUUCAUCAGCACGGCGGAGAAGAUCCGUCUCCCUGACGACUGCACCAUGGGUUACAUCAUUGAGGCGCUGCUGGAGGUGACACUGACACACACACACCUCUUCCACUCCCACCUGGAGAACCUGCAGAGGCUUCCCACAGACACCGUGCUGGAGCAGGUCACUUUGAGCUACGGGGGAUUUGAGAACAGGAGGAAUGUGAUCAGCAUCGGAGGAACCUUCUCUCUGGUGGAGGACCCGACACGGUUUAAGACUGUCCACUGCCUCCUCUACCCAGAGACUGACUGGUGUCCUAGUAUGGGUCACCAUUGAUGACCACUACAGUACAGCAUAUCUACAAUACUUCCUACCGGCCUGGUUGACUGGUGUCCCUGUGUAUGCUAGCUAUAUCAUUGCCAUGGCAAAAUUAUUACAAGGCUAAACAGGUUCACUGGCACCCAGGCUAACCCUACAGAACCACUUCACUCAGAUCAAAUGGCUAGACGUCUGUGGGUCUUUGAGAGGACAUGAGGCGAGAGAAGAUGAGGUAACUGGAGUGAGGAUCGCUUUGGUCAUGGUGGGAUGAUGAAGAAACACCCCACUACUCUUUAUUAUCACUAGUGUAUCCUCCAGUCAACGCAGGAAGUUGCCACUGUUGGCUGUUGCCAUAUCGAUGAUUCACCACUCAUUGCUUUUGUUGUAGCUUUGAAUCCCAAACAUACUAUUGUGGUCCAGAUAUACAGUGGGGCAAAAAAAAGUAUUUAGUCAGCCACCAAUUGUGCAAGUUCUGCCACUUAAAAAGAUGAGGCCUGUAAUUUUCAUCAUAGGUACACUUCAACU